AUGGAUAUUAUAUCAAAAGAUACAAUUUUAUAUUUUCAUCAAAUAAUUAAUCAAGUCAAUCAAUUAAAUUCAACGACAUUUGAUGGGAAGAAUGUGUUUUUUGAAGAUAUUUGCUUGAGAAUGGAUUCUAGUGGAUGUAUGACUCUUGAUAUUAUGUCAUUUUGGGAUUUCAAUAAGGAUAAAUUAAUGAAAGAUUCGAAUAUCCACAAAACCUUGUCCAUUCCUAAACGAUUGUCAAGUGGAGAUUUAUUGGAGUCUGAAUCAAUUUUAGGAUCAGUUGAGUGGAAUCCUAUCAAGACAACAAUUUUAAAGGCUAAAGCUCUUAAAUAUUAUGCAAUUUUACUUUCAGAUCAUGAAAAUGAAAUUACAGCUUGGGAAAAGGAAUUUUCCAAUUUAAUGGAAAGAACAAGAAAAGAAUUGAACAAAUUUGAGAAAUUGAAUGAGAAUGUGGAAUAUGUUUCUCCAGGAAAUGUAACCUUAUAUUAUAAUUCUCAAUAUUCAUUAACACAAGAUAUUACAGAUACAUUUGUGAGUGUUGGUCCAAUGUUUCUGAUUAGUUUUUCAAUUACUCUUGUUAUGGUGGUGACUACACUUGUACUGAUGAGAGGAGAUUCGAAAGAUUCGAUCAUUUUGAGAAUAUUAAUUGGUUUUUUGAGUAUUAUUUUGAUUGUGAUGGAUAUCUUUUCAUCUUUUGGAAUUGUUCAUUUAAUAUUUGGAUAUAAUUUGAAUCCACUCAGUGCACAGGCUUUACCACUAUUUCUGGUUGGUAUUGGAUCAGAUGGUUUAUUCAUUUUACAGACCUAUUUUAAUAGAUAUAGAGAAGGUUUGUCAGAGUUGACCAAUGAAAGUGAGAAUGAAACAUUAUAUGAAAAGUUUGUUAAAAAUUCUGGUAGAUACUAUAGAGAAGUCAUCUCUGCAUUAAUUUUCACACUCAUUGUGAUGUGCUGUAUUUUAAUGUUCGUUGUUAUAGUAAUGAAACAUCCAAUAAUAAUGGCAAUUAGUGUUGCUUGGCAAACUAUGGUUUCAGUUAUUUUCCUCUUCUUUACAGCAAUCUUUGGAAUUACUCCUCUACUGGUUUUGGAAUUCAAGUUUAAUUCGAAACGACAGGAAUUAUUUGUUCCAGUUCCAAGUACUGACUCUAUGAACUUGGACAAUGCAGAAGAUAAUAUUCAAGAAGGUAAUGAAAUUGAUGAAGAAGAAAUGGAAAGUUCAGUUAACCAGAACUCAGCUCAAAAAGAAACAGAAGAGGAACCAACAAUUCAAUUUACUCAAUUAGAUGAAAUGCAAGUUACUGAAAAUGUAGAACAGCAACCAGAAUCACAGAAAGAUGACCUCCCUAAAUAUCGAGUCGAUAGAAUAAUUUACAAAAUAUUCGAUUAUGCAUUCAACAAACCAAAAUAUCCAAUAGUUCAUGUAAUCUUGAUUUUAUUGGCUAUUUGUGGAAUUGUUGGCUCAAUUACAAUUAUUGCCUCAAUAGGAGAGGAACCAUUCACCAUGACAGAUCUAUAUGCCAAGUCAUCUCAGUUGACUUCAUUCUUACAUCAUUACAAUUCACAUUAUGGAGAUUUGGAAUAUCCAGGUUAUCUUGUCAUGUACAAUACGGAAAAUUCUACAAAUGAUAGGAUUGACUUUGCAUCACCCUCUAUGGCGAAUUUAUUGGAAAACGUUUAUGAAUCUCCCCCAACAUUUAUGAAAGCUCAAAUCAAUUGGUUUUCUUACUUUAAAACUUGGAUAUUUUUUAUGAGUUCUCAUUCAGAAGAGUUUAGAGCUAACAGAUUUAAGGUUCCUCCACAAAAGUUCAACUCUUGGAUGGAUGAAUUCACUCAUCACACAUUAUUUAGUAAUUUGGCAAGCUUUGUUAUUUCAAAGCAAGUUUCGAAUAAUAUGACAGCUGCCAGAAUUGUUUUUUCGAAUAAGAAUUUUUUGAAUUCAGAAGUGACAGCUGUUAUUGAAAAGCAAAAUUUGGAAUUUAUGAAAAAAUUGUCCAUUGAUUAUCCAGAGACAGGACUGAAACCAACCAAGAACUCAUUCAUUGUGAAUGACAUGGAUUUAAUAUUCGAAUCAUUUGCCAGUGAUCCAUUCAAUGUUGGUAUUAUUUGUACACUUGCCAUUCUGUCAGUUGCCAUUGUCUCUGUUUUUGUAACAUCAAUUUUUGAGAUUCCAAUUCUGAAAAAUGGAAAGCUUUCUCUUUUCAUUAAUAUUUUAAUUUGCUCCAUCAUUACUUGUUUUUUAACUUUGAUAACUUUAAUUGAACUAGUUGCUGGAUUGAGAUUAUUAAGAAUUCCUAUUAAUGGAUUAUCAAUUAUGAAUUUCACACUUCAAAUUGGAUUAUUUUCAGAAUAUCUAUUCCAGAUUACAAAGGCAUUUAUUCUAACAAAGAGUGUAAAGAAGGCAUAUACACUCUUGACUAUUCCUUUAUUGAUUUGUUCCUUGUCAACUGUGGUCAGCAUUCUGCCUCUUGCAUUUCAUGAUAUCAAGAUUGUGAAAAAGUACUUUUUCGAUAUUAUUAUUUUAGGACAAGGUAUUUUAUUGUUUAACGUAUUGGUAAUAUUCCCUGCAAUAUUAUCAUUAAUUGAAAAGUUGAGAUCUAGGAAAAUUCCAGCUCUUUAA